AUGAGCUUUAAUUCCACAUGAUGUGCAUGGGACGACCACAGCGUUUCCUUAUGCAAUAGUCAAUGCCAACGCUUUAGAAAUCAGUUAUACAAAUACGCACAGACCUUUUAAGGAAAACUAAAGCACGAAAUAUGGUUUUUCAUCAUGCACAGGAUGGAUUGGGGACAAACCGGACGCCUGGAACGUGAGAAGCGCGCCAAAUUGCGCCUAUCACUUUACUGUUGAGUCUUAUGCAUUUGCAGCUGAUGCUAAAUAGAAUCGAGAUACACUGAAAAGCGAGAGAAUACUGGAUAUAUUUAGUCUAAUUAAAGACUUUGUUUUCUGCCAGUUAAGUGAAACGCCUGGCAAAAGUGCGCGAUAGAAGGACACAACUCUCGUUUCUGGCUUCAAAAUCAAUGUGAAAUGCGCAUUUCUUGUUGGUUUUCAAACGGAUUCUUACCCGUUCUCUCUGUGGAACAGAGUCUGCGUUGGAAACGGCAUGAGACGGACGCGCUUCUGCUUUCAUUAACGGGGACAAAUCAGACGGACGCAGUGGAAAUUCGAUCGAUAGGCAGUAUCGAUAAGCUCAUAUAUAAGGCUAACGAUCACGCCUGCCUGUGUUUGUUUAACCUGUUUGGGAGAGUAUGCUGUGGGACUAUGAACAAACUGCUGACAAGGUACUGAAAGAAUAAACAGUCUUAAUUAGACAUUGAUAUAUGUGUAUAAACAAUAUUAAGUGGUUAUUUUACUAAAUAUAUGUCAGGAUUUCCUCUCUCAUUUCUGUUUUUGAUCAAAUCAUGUUGAUUGGGAAGGUCUGUGGGAGUUCAUGGAUCAGUUUUUUGGCACCUCAAGAUUAUUUAGUUUUGAAAUGAUGAUAUGCAUUUUGCAAGAUGACUUAUGCAGUCAACAUAGUCAUGGACAAUCCAGAUCAACUAGUUGCUUGUCUAUACGCAGCAGCUGCUCUGAUUCCUGUGUAAACAGUCUUGGGUUGGACUUGGUCUGGAAUUAUGGGGUGACCGCUAAUUUGACACGGUGAAAAAAAAAAAAAAAGCCAUGGAUGUGAACUACUCCACGGUCCUGGACAGCAGUGUGUCGCCGCGUGAUUCGUCCAAGCGAGUUCUGACUGGCUGUUUCCUCUCGCUGCUUAUCCUGACCACCCUACUGGGCAAUACGCUGGUUUGCGCAGCCGUCACAAAGUUCCGCCACCUGCGUUCAAAAGUCACCAACUUUUUUGUUAUAUCGCUGGCUAUUUCAGACUUGCUGGUGGCCAUUUUGGUUAUGCCAUGGAAAGCGGCCACUGAGAUUGUAGGGUUCUGGCCAUUUGGCGCCUUCUGCAAUGUCUGGGUGGCCUUUGACAUCAUGUGUUCCACUGCCUCCAUCUUGAACCUGUGCGUCAUCAGUGUGGACCGGUACUGGGCUAUUUCCAGCCCGUUCCGCUAUGAGCGCAAGAUGACGCCCAAGGUGGCGUUCAUCAUGAUCAGUGUUGCGUGGACGCUGUCUGUUCUUAUCUCCUUCAUCCCUGUGCAGCUAGACUGGCAUAAAGCCCAGACAACAAGUUACACGGAGCUGAACGGCACCUACGGCGAGCCUCCCCCGGACAACUGCGAUUCCAGCCUUAAUCGAACAUAUGCCAUCUCCUCUUCCCUGAUCAGUUUUUACAUACCUGUGGCCAUCAUGCUGGUCACCUACACCCGCAUCUACCGGAUUGCCCAGAAGCAGAUACGCCGUAUCUCUGCCCUCGAGCGCGCGGCCGAGAGCGCCAAGAACCGCCACAGCAGCAUGGGUAACAAUGGCAGUAUGGAGUCUGAAAGUUCCUUCAAGAUGUCCUUCAAGCGUGAAACCAAAGUUCUCAAAACCCUCUCUGUAAUCAUGGGUGUCUUUGUGUGCUGCUGGCUGCCCUUCUUUAUCUUGAAUUGCAUGGUUCCAUUCUGCGAGCCUAAUGAGAGUGCCGACUUCCCGUGCAUCAGUUCCACCACCUUUGAUGUCUUUGUUUGGUUCGGUUGGGCCAACUCCUCACUCAACCCCAUCAUCUAUGCCUUCAACGCUGACUUCCGAAAGGCAUUCUCCAUCCUGCUGGGCUGCCAUCGACUCUGCCCUGGCAGUAAUGCUAUUGAGAUUGUGAGUAUUAACAAAAACGGGGCCCCUCAAUCUUCUUCCCAGUACCAACCAAAGGGCCACAUCCCGAAGGAGGGCAACAACAGCAACUAUGUAAUCCCGCACAGUAUCCUCUGCCAGGACGAGGAGACCCAGAAGGUGGAGGACGACUCUGGGGUAAAAACCUUUGAGAAUCUAUCUCUGUCCAUGUCGGGCAAUUUGGAUAGCGAUGCUGAUGUUUCCCUGGAAAAGAUCAACCCCAUAACACAAAAUGGGCAGCACAAAUCCAUAACAUGCUGAAUAUUCUGUUGUCAAAAUUCUCUGUGAUGCGAGCAAAGAACCCUUAUUUCUACACAGUAUGGAAUCCAAACUUCACUGAGGACCUUAAAAAAUUAUUUUCAGACUAAAUGAAACUCGUGUAAAACAAAGAAUGUUCCAAAUGAAGGCACUUUAUGCUGGAUAACUACCUGCAAAAUGUUCGCAGCAUUUAUUAUUGACGUUAACAUGUCAGUUGUCACAAGACAUUAAUGGAAAAUAAUGUGAACAAACCAUGUAUGCAUAUGUAUACAUGUUAUGCAUUCUAAAUGUGUAUACAUGUGCAUGCCUAUUUGGUUGUGAUAGAAAUACUGUCCGAGCUGUUAAUACAAGGACCAGAGUUAGUACGUUAGAUACAUUUAUUGUAGGUGAGUGCUUUGCCUAAAUUGCUCACAAGUAGAGAUAUUUGGUUGCAUCUACUGUCGACAAUAAAAUGUACAUAAUGUUGUGUAUAUUUUUUACAGGUUAUCAGAGUUGGCUAAGUCAACAUCACCCUGCGCUGCUAGUUGUGAUAAUUGAGUUCCAGCAAACAAAUAUUAUAUGUGCAAAACCACCUCAUAAUGUGACAGAGCAGUAGCUGUUUUCAUCCAAGCAUACUUUGGUACGAUCUCGGGGGUGGGGGGGUUAUGUGAUAUAUCAGCUGUGGACAUGGCCAUGAUAUUUUCAGGACAGCACAGGGGGAAAAUAUGAUCCCCCAGUAAUCUCACAGGUCGUUACCCACCAUUCGAUUGUCAUUACUCUCACGCUUAAAGAAACUUUACUAAUGGUUAUUUUAAACCCAAGUGCAAUAGGCCUGUCGGUGUACUUGCAUCCAUCACAGGAUUUGUUUAAAUGUUAGGUUACAUCUUUGAAAGAAUAUGUGGUUGUGUUUUUGUUACUGCACUGAGAUAAUUUUCUUACUCAGUAUUUUUUCUGUCUAAAUGUCCUAAUAACAAGAUACUGUACAUUAACUUAAGAAGCAAACUGACUGAAGAUUUGAAGGCUUGUUUUCAGAGAAUCUAACAAAUUUCGUGCGGUUUAUGCUCAAACAACAACAACAAAAAAACUAUUUGCCAAUGGGGUGAGAAACAAAUUAAAUUAAUUGAAAGGAAAAACAAGUUUGAAGCUUUUUUCCACUACUGAGAGAAAAAAUAAAAAGGUAAUUCUGACCUGUUAUCUCAUAAUUGCGACUUUAUACUCACGAUUGCAAGAAACAAAGUGAGAGUUUAGAUCUCGCAAUUGCAAGAUAUAAACCAGCAAUUCCGAGAUCUAAUCCUUCUCGCAAUUUCAUGUUUAUAUUUCGCAACUGUGACCUAAUUUCUUGCAAUUGUGAGAUCUAAACUCUCAAUAUUUCUCGCUAUUGUGAAUUUAUUUCUCUUAAAUGCAUGUUUAUAUUAUGUAAUUGUGUCAGUUGUGACUUUAUUUCUCGUAAUUGCAUGCUUAUACCUUGCAAUUGCAACUUAAUUUCUUGCCAUUUGCGAAAUCUAAACUCUAACUUUGUUUUUCAAAAUUGCAAAUCUAUAUUUCACAAUUGCAACUUUAUUUCUCGCAAUUGCGACUUUAUUUCUCAGAAUUAUGUGUUUGCAAUAGCGAUUUAAAUUCUUGCAAUUUCGAGACCUAAACUCUCAUUUUGUUUCUCGCAAUUGCAAGUUUAUUUCUAUAAUUUCUUGCAAUUGUGUCUUUAUUUUUCACAAUUGCGAGUAUAUAUUGCAUAAUUGCGACAUUAUUUCUCGCAUUUGCGAGAUCUAAACUCUCAGUUUAUAUUUCACAACUGUGACUUUAUUUCUUGCAUUUACCACUUUAGUCAUAAUUGAGAGAAAUAAAGUCGCAAUUGCUAGAUAUAAACGUGCAAGUUGUUAAAAAAAGUCAGAAUUACCUUUUUUAAUUCCGUUUUCCAUGGCGGGAUCUGACUUCCAUAUUAUGUUUCUGGAAACACUUUACAAUAAGGUUCCAUUCAUUAACAUUAGUUAUUGCAUUAGAUAUACUGAACAAACAAUUAAUAAUAUCGUUUUUUACAGCAUUUAUAUUUCGUUGUUAAUGUUAUUGAACAAAAAUACAAUUGUUCAUUGUUAGUUCAUGUUAGUUCACUGUGAAUUAACUAAUGUUAACAAAUAAAACUUUUGAUUUUAAAAAUGUAUAAAUAUAUGUUGAAAUGAACAUGAACUAAGGUUAAUAAAUGCUGUCAAAGUAUUGUUCAUUGUUAGUUCAUGUUAACUAAUGUAGUUCACUGAUGUUAAUAAAUGGAACCUUAUUGUAAAAUGUUUCCAUUUUCCAAAACCCAUUGGCAAACAUGUUUUUUUGCAACAUCACUGAAUUUUAUUAGAUUCUCUGAAAACAAGACUUAAUGUCUUGUGUCAUUUUGCUUCUCAAGUAAUAGCUUCGUGUUUUAAGGAUGUUUAGAUAUUUUAACUAGAAAACAAGCUUAAAAAAAAAAAAAAAACUGAGUAAGAAAAUGAUUCUUAACAGUGUGCCUCUCCUCACUUAUUCCUUCCACUGUAAACAUACAAAGUGGUAAUGGCUGCCUUUUAACAGAAAUAAACUGAUGUCUUUGGGUUUCUUUUGCCAACUGUGUGGUUGAACUGUGAUCUUGGUCAGCGUGAAAUACAGUUAAUGCAAAACAGAAACAAACCAUUACUGUAUCUUAUGCAACACGUGUCCAGCCUCCCAGAAAGCUGCAGACAUGUUGUUGACCUUUCCAAAAUUAUUAGACACCAUAGGAAGCUCUAUGUAGUACUUUCUAGUGCUUCAAAGCAUAUCCAGGAUUACAAAAAUCUUGCUUAUAGUUAUUGUGCAGAAUGUUGUUCCUGUACUGUUAUGUCAGCUAUCAGUGUAGGAUUGCGAACAUAUGUCAAAACCACAGGUACAUUGACUCAUACUCUGACGAUUUAACCAUUUAGCUGUCUCUCCUUGUUCAAACAAAUUAUGUGAUGUACAAACAGUGCCCUACUUUUAAUAAUUUGUUGAGCUGUUUUGUAAGGUUAUGCAACUGCCCUUGUAAAGUUAAUUCCAGGGCCUACUAUACAGUGAGCGCUUUCCCAUGAACAUCGUGAUUUGACCGAAUUGACACACAUGAGCUUGUUCUCAGAGUGCAUUAUUAAAAAAAUGCACGCAAAAUGCAAAUCGCUAUGAUUACUGUAAAUCAGUGAUGUGAGCUUUUAGUCAAUAAGCAUCAGUUUUCCCUUGCGGCUGAUCCUGGAAACUUAUUAAAAGGGUAGUUCACCAAAAAAUUACAAUUCGUGUGAUACGUGGAACACAAAAGGAGAUAUUAGGCAGCAUGUUAGGGACUGACAACCUCAGUCACCAUUCACUUUCAUUGCAUCUUUUUUAAUAGAAUGAAAGUGAAUGGUGACUAAGGCUAACAUUCUGUCUAACAUCUCCUUUUGUGUUCCUUGGAGUCAUACAUUUUUGAAAAAACAUGAGGGUGAGUAAACAGAAUUUUUAUUCUUUGGCAAACUAUGCCUUUAAGUCCACAAUGAAAUAACAUUUCUUAUAUGUUCGCUUCAAUAAAAACCGUGAGCCAAACAGCUGAAGACAUCAUGAUGAACUUGAACUAAAAAAUACAUUUGACUCCAAUCGAUAAAAACUAAAGUUUUAAACAAAUGAAUAAUUAUGUGGACAACUUGUAGAGGUAGACAGAUAAAUAAUGGCUAAAGUAAACAUUUGUCUAAAAUUGGACAUUAUCUGCUUCAGGGAGUUUUCUAAAAGGAUGUGUUAGGACGUGUAUACUCCGUCUGCUCACUCGCCUGCCAACGACCAAUUCUUCUCAAUGCUGCUAUGGAAAUAUUCAGCUGUAAAUGUAUGAUUUUGUUCCAGAACAUUCGUCUUAACCACCUCUACAUGUCAAAACAGCAUCUUCAACUGAAAUGCUAAUGUUUGUCCCCUGACAUUCACAAAUUUAAUAGGAGAUAUUUAAAUAUGUAAAAUUGUGGUUCUUGUAGCAUUUGGUUCAGUGAAAUCACAUGUAUUCUCUCCAAUGGGGCGAUUAGCACUUAAAAUAAGCAUCCAUGACAUUCUGGAAAGUCCCAGGUGCUUUUUUAACUGCAAAUGCUAAGGUAUUCCCUGCACUUUUGGGGACCAUGUGUAGUUCUUUAAUUAUAAGUGAAUAAAAUAACAGUUGGCCAAGUUUCUCAUUUUCUUUCUUACCAAAGAUUGCAGGUUUGUGUUUUGAGUUUUCAGGUGUUUUCUAGAUGGUUUCUUGGGGGGGGGGGGGGGUUGCUAGACAGUGGCAGCACAACCCCCCCUGAAAUGUCAGGAUUGCUGCAUUUUGCCAUCAUUUUAUGGACAUUCAUUCCAAGGUUGUACAAAAAAGGGUUAUUUCACACCCUAACCUCGGACACUCAACAAAUACAAAUGAGCAUAUUGUAAGAUAAGCUGAAGAAAAUAAAAACUGUGUUGUAAGAUGUUAAAAUAGAGAUGUCAACACAAGUGCUUUUUAUCUUGAAGUCCUUAAUUGUGAGUAGAGAAAACAAAUGUAUGUGUUGUUUUUAUGUGGGUUUGUCAUGCAGUUAAAGCACUCAUACAGGUUUGGUUACAGUGCUUUUUGGCAUCUUUUGGAGGUCUUGGAACAACAGUCCUAUCAAACCAAAUCAGUUCUAACCCGAAUCAUUUACUACCCCUAAAAUUAGAGGGAAAUUGCAAAAAGCACUGGAAAAAAUACAAUAAUAAUACAAAUGUAUAAAAUAAAAUAACAAUGAUAAUUUUUGUCUUUUUUUCUAGUAAAAAUAUUUUACACCCUUAAAAAAAUGAUAAUUUUACUUGAGAACAAAAACGGACAUAAGUUAUGUCUUAAGUCUUUUUUUUUUUUUUUUUCAGGGAAAACUAUUCAACUCAAUUCAAAGGGAAAACAAGUUUAUCUUUAUCACGACAUUUGCACAUUAAAUUCUCACUUUAAACAUGAACCUCACUAAAUUGUGUUAGAUUUCAAUGACAACAAGCUUUGCUUCUCAAGUAAUUCUGUCUUGUAUUUUUUUAUAAUGUUUAGAUGUUUUUACAGGAAAACGAGACAAAAAUACAGAGCCCUAAACUUACCCUAAAAUCUGAUUGGUUUACAGAAAUGUUGUUCCUGAACCAAUAAGGAUGUUGGUCCAGAAACUCGCUCUACUUGGCAAAAUCAUGGUGACUGUACAAGUUCAUUUGUGUGCUGCAGUUCUUCAAGGAAUUGCAGUUGUUGAGUAUUUAUGAAUUUAUCUAUAUUCUGUUCCUGCACUCUUUGUUAAAAAUGUAUUUACUGUAGAUAGUUCGAAAGUUUGAUUUUGUAUGUUUUGCUGUGCAAUGCGUGUGUAAUUCUAAUGUUCAAAUUAAAUAAAGUGUGUGUUUUAUUGAACACAUAAAAUGUAUAUUUCAGUGAUUGUGUGCUUCAAUUUCAGAUACAAUCUCAAUUUAUUAUUACAGGUGCUCAAAAGGAGUAUUUGAGGAGUGGUCAUGUGAAAUGUAUCUUAACAUUCUAAAUGUUUGUUUUAUUCCGUUUUCCCACUAAUCACUAGAAUGGUCAUAACUUUUAAACAAUAGAUUAUAUUUCUAAUCUGUCUGCUAUUCUACA